AUGACAUUUGCAGAUUCGAAAGGUGAAGUGCGUGAAAUGCUUUUUCCGAAGGCAUUGGAUUUGUAUCGACCAAAACGCCCGCGCACAACGUUUUCGACAUAUCAACUGAACGAACUCGAAAAAGAAUACGAACAAAAUCCGUAUCUGAUUGGCGAGGAUCGUGUGAAGCUGGCCGAUAAACUGAAACUCACUGACACACAGGUGAUGAAUGAUUCGUUGAAUGUCAGCCGUUCAUUCGAUACGAUUCGAAUGUCAGUGAAAAUAUACAGCUUAUCGCAUCUUAUCAUGUCGCUUCUCGUUGAUACACCGAUUCUGGAAGCCUUUCCAACAAUCCUUUAA